AGAGUGCUGAGGGACAGAGACUGCUGCCGAGCAGGCCGCCCAGGCUGCGUGGGAACGAUGGCAGAUGAUCAGGGACAUGCAGGAGAGCAGGGAGCUGGAGAAUCUGCAGGGACAGAUGCGAUUGACGCUAAGCCAGACCGGACCUCGUUUGUGCCAUCCCUGCUAAAGAAGAAGAAGAAGAAGAAGGAGGAUGGCUCCACACAGCCAGCCAGCACCCCCAAGGGGGAGGUGCCGACCUACAAGUAUAACAUGAAUUUCGAGAAGAUGGGCAAGUGCAUCAUAAUAAACAAUAAGAACUUCGACAGAGUGACAGGCAUGGGCAUCCGAAAUGGAACCGACAAAGACGCUGAAGCCCUUUUCAAGUGCUUCCGUAGCCUGGGUUUUGAUGUGGUUGUUCAUAAUGACUGCACCUGUGCCGAGAUGCAAGCUCUGCUCAAACGAGCUUCCGAGGAGGAUCAUACCAACUCAGCCUGCUUCGCCUGCAUCUUACUAAGCCAUGGAGAAGAAAACUGUAUUUAUGGAAAAGACGGCAUGACAGCAAUAAAGGAUUUGACAGUCCAUUUCAGGGGCGAUCGAUGCAAGACCCUCUUAGAGAAACCCAAACUCUUCUUCAUUCAGGCUUGCCGGGGGACAGAGCUUGAUGACGGCGUCCAGGCUGACUCGGGGCCCAUCAGUGACACUGAUGCCAACCCCCGCUACAAGGUCCCAGUGGAAGCUGACUUUCUCUUCGCCUACUCCACAGUUCCAGGCUAUUACUCUUGGAGGAACCCAGGCAGAGGCUCCUGGUUCGUGCAGGCCCUGUGCUCCAUCCUGGAGGAGCACGGCAAAGACCUGGAGCUCAUGCAGAUCCUCACCAGGGUGAACUACAGGGUGGCCAGGCACUUCGAGUCCCAGUCUGAUGACCCCCAUUUCAACGAGAAGAAGCAGAUCCCGUGUGUGGUCUCCAUGCUCACCAAAGAACUCCACUUCCGCAAGUGACCGUUCCCUCUGAGGGCUGAGAAGCCAGGGGGCGGUUGUGGAUGGCUUAGGUCACCAUCUUGACGAUUAUUACUGUGAUGAUGAUGAUGAUGAUGAUGAUGAUGAUGAUGAUGAUGCUCUUGAAAUACUCAGAAAUGUUACGGGAUUUUAAUUUCAGGAAAAUUUAUUGAAAUUUUCAGCAGGGAAGAAACACUCUGGUGCUGACUGAUGGUCUCUGAAUUUGCAGAGACUUCUUUUUUUUACAAUGUUAUUUGUUUGAUGACUUUGUAAUUUCUUCCUCUUAAGGUUAGCUUUUCUGUUUGUGUUUCUUUCACUUUGUUAAUUGCACUUAGUACCCACAACAGA